AUGACGGCCGACGUUUGUGCUUUUGACACCAGUGUGGUCAAGAGGGCUCUUCACGGCAAUUACGUGCCUGUCGGACUGGAGCACUUUGCGGGAGUCUCCGUCGCUCUUUUCUUCGCCAAGUCGAAACACUCCAAGUGUGCGCAAAUUUUUCCCACUCUCAGACAGUUCUACGACACGACGAAUGCGAGCGGGGAAAAGCAGGCAGUUGAAAUCAUCUUUGUCAGUCUGGACAAAGAUGAGCAGGAGUUUGAGCGGUUUCGAUCUCUGAUGCCGUGGUGCAGUGUUGAGUUCAACUCGCCUUUGAGGAAGAAUCUGCUUAAGCGAUACCGUGUGGCGGAUGACGAGAUCGUUGUAGGCGAGAUUCGGAUCCCCGCGGCGGGUCUCCCUCUCCUGGUUGUGAUUGGCCCCAAUGGAGAGGAAGCGGGACGCCUGAGUUUCCAACCGCGAGACGAAUCCGGUUUCCAGCAGUGGGACUACCGUUUCAACAAGUGGCCUGGCUCGGCUCAUCGAAUGUCCGUUUCCCACGUCGCCGCCGAAGCCUCGCACAAGCAGCUGCCUCAGAAUGCGUAG